CACAGGACGUCUGUCAUACCGGCCAAGUACACGAACUCUUAUGUUUCGUUGCUUGAACUUCAUCCAUCUCGACUGCGCUCCGAGACUCCUCGCAACGGACAUUCGAACCUCACUAUGGCUGACGAGAUAUCCCGGGCCGAACCGGCUAACGUUGCGAAUCGGAAAGCGGAUAUCGAGACGCUCGAGCACAUACGCACAGGCGACCAGGAGAUGGCAUUCCCGACCGCUCGCAGCAUGGAGCCGGCACACCGCGUUGCUGUCGAGAAGUCUCUGAAGAAGAAGCUCGACUUGCGAUGCGGUCUCUUCGUGCUCAUCUACAUCAUGAACUACCUGGAUCGCAACAACAUGGCCGCCGCCCGAUUGCGUGGUCUACAGACAGAUCUCAAACUUAACAACCAAGAAUACUCCACCUGCCUUUCCAUCUUAUACGUGGGCUACAUUCUGAUGCAGAUUCCCUCCAAUAUGUUCAUCAAUCGCAUCCAAAGGCCCUCCUUGUACAUCGCAUGUGCUAUGCUGUUAUGGGGUCUCAUCUCCACGCUGUCGGGAAACGCCACCGGCUUUGGGAGCAUGGUCACAAUCCGGUUCUUCCUGGGUUUCAUCGAGGCUGCUUUUCUGCCUGGAGCCUUGCUGCUCCUGUCUAAAUGGUACACGCGCAAGGAAUUGACGACACGUAACGCUAUUCUUUUCUGCGGCAACCUCAUUUCGAAUGCGUUUUCAGCUCUGAUCGGGGCGGGUGUGCUGUCCAACAUGCAAGGUGUUCUGGGUCAUUCCGCUUGGAGAUGGCUUUUCUGGAUUGAAGGCACUAUCACGAUGACGGUUGCUAUCUCAGCCGCAUUCAUCCUGCCCGACUUGCCGCACAACUCUCGCGGAUUUACCGCAGAGGAGCUGGAGGUCGCCCAACUUCGCAUGAUUGAGGAUGUUGGCGAGGCCGACGAGGACAGUUCUGGACAGGGAAUCUUCGACGGUCUCAUCAUGGCACUGAAGGACGUCAAGAUCUACCUCAUGAUGAUUACCUUCGCGGCGUAUGUCGUAGGACUAUCUUUCAACGCUUUUUUCGUAAGUCGACCUAUUCUGCAAUUCGAAGCUUCGUCACUGAACCAACGUCAGCCUACGCUUACUGGAACACUUGGCUUCGACUAUGUUCCAACCUUGCUCAUGAGCUCGCCUCCUUGGUUGUUCUCUUGCAUUGUUUCACUUAUCAACGCUUGGCACUCUGACCGUACCGGGGAGAAGUUCUGGCACAUCACCGGUCCCAUCUGCGUUGGCAUUGUCGGCUUCAUCAUCAGCAUGUCCACGCUCAACACGGCAGGCCGCUACGUUGCUCUCUUCCUACAAGCCAGCUCCUACGCGGGCUUCAUCGUUUUCUAUUCAUGGAUCAGCUCGUCCUUCCCGCGUCCUCCCGCGAAGCGCGCCGUUGCCAUCGCCAUGAUUAACGCCUUCAGCCAACUGGGCAACAUUGCCGGCUCAUACGUCUGGGAUCUCGACGACAACGGUUACCGUAAGAGCUACGGCAUCGUGACGGCGAUGUUUGGCAUCACCAUCAUCGGCUGCUUCGCCUUCCGCGUCAUCCUGUCCAACUUGAAUAAACAGAUCGAGGAGGGCGAGCGCGCUUGGGAGACACAACCGGACGUGGCGGCGCAUACUGCUCAGAAGGAGCAUGUGGAACACGACGAGGCAUUGAAGAUGAUGAAGGGGUUCAGGUAUCUGAUAUAAGUGAAGCCAUAUGGUAGACAUUUGUAUUUCAGUCCUCGUGGCAUAGUUACGCGAUCAUCCAUGAAUGUCACUGAAGUAAAGUCGCAUUUUUUGCUUCAAUGAGGUGAAUUUAGACGCAACCUUUGCUCCCGGUUGCUCUCAAGAGUUUCUCAUGCACCUAUGAAUGGACAAUGCAUCAUGGUCAAAAGUGAAAGAGAUUGUUUUGCAUAUAUGACAAAUGCUAUCCAUAUAAAUAACUGCAAAAUACAGCUCUCCUAUCCUAUCCCACUUACUAACCAUCUCCUCAAAAUCGCAGCACGAUUGCUUUACAUAUGCCAAAGUAGACGGCCUUUUAUAUACAGACUAGCCCAUGUGGGAAUUUCAGGAGUACCUACAGAUGGGCAGGUAGGACCAAGUGCACGAUUGAAGGCCUACAAAACCCCGCGUCAAGCCAGAAGUAGCCAUGAGACAAGGCGAGU